CCCCAUUCCUCCCUUCGUCGAUCUUGGUCAUCUCUCUCUCUUCUCAUCUAUCUAAUAUAGGGAUUCUGAUCCAUCCACCAACAUCUCAUCAUCGUAUCAUAACCCUCCCCAUCACUUUACGUGGCACACCACUACAGGUCUCACCCCGCCCGUCCAACCCGUAACUGCGUCAUCAUCAUCAUCAACAGCAACACUAGCGCACAUCCAGUGUCAACACAUACACGAUGGAUUUCCACCUUGUGCCUCGGGGGGAGGAUCGCAAUUACACGGGGUUUCUGACCAAGACGAUUGUUUAUAUUGGGGGGUUGAUGCUGUUUAUUGCUUCAUUCGGAUUGACGGUUUCUUCGAUCGCUAUUCCGAAAUGGGUGACUUAUCAUAGCGACUCGAAACCAGGCUACACCUACACCUACGGCCUCCACCGACGCUGCUCCUCGUUGACAAACACGUGCGAAUCCUUCCCCAGCAGCGAAGACUGCCACGCGGGCGACCGCUACUUCUGCUCGAUGUGGCGGUCGGUGGGGUUCCUGAUGUCGUUUGCGGUGGUGCUGGAGGGGAUGAGCCUGAGGUUGCGGGAGAAUGGGUGGAAGGUGUUGAGUUUGUUGAUUUUGUUGAGUGCGGUGGUGCAGGUUGGGAGUGUGAGUUUGGUUGCAUAUCUAUACGAUAACGAGGACCGCUUUUUUGCGGGAUGGCAGCUGGAUGAGUCGUGGGUGUAUUGCACGGUGUCCUGGGCGAUGAGUCUGUUUUGUGCUGGGGCGUUGAUCGCUGCUGGGAGGAGUUUGCCUUCUGAGGGGGGGUAUGAGUUGAUUCCUGAUCAGGAGUGAUUUCAUGAUUGUGAGGAUAUGAGUAUGUGCUCUUUAAACAAUGUGUUACGUGGUGUAUAUAUUAUACGAGUAAUGGUAAUGAGUGAUGUUAUAGCAG